GUUUUUUUGGUUACACAGAUACAAUUUGCCAGACUGAUCACAUUGAUGAAUGUGAUGGAAUAAACUGCAGUGGAAAUGGUGGCUGUGUUGACAUGGUGAACAUGUUCCUAUGUGACUGUGAACCUGGCUACACUGGUGCUGAUUGUGAGACCAACAUUGAUGAUUGCGUGAAUAGGAACUGCAGUGGAAAUGGUGUGUGUGUGGAUGGUGUCAACUCGUUCAGUUGUGAUUGUGUGUCUGGCUUCACUGGAGAGACGUGCAGUGUGGAGACACAAGAGGCUAGAUCAGAUGGUGCAACAGCUGCUAUAGCUGGUGGUGUGGUGGGGGGACUAGUGGGUGUUGUACUGAUUGCUGUCAUAGCUAUUCUCAUAGUGAUUAUCUUUAAAAACAAGCAAGAUUCAUCACAAUACGCUAGUGGAGGAGGAACAGUUGACAAUGACAUACCAUGUCAGAAUAACGUGGUGUACGGUGUUUGUAAGAUGACUCAACCCAACACCCUCACUACUCCCUCUUCUCUACAAGUGUAUGACUACCCACUGUAUGAUAUGUCGGAGCCCCUCCCAUCAGUGUAUGAGAGUGUGGAUGAGAAGGACGAGAGACUCACGAUAAAUGUGAAUGUUAGCUAUGCAACCGUUGCCGAGCAUGAGAAUGGACUGGUACAGACUAGUGGUAUCUAUGACGAUGUCAACAUGAGCUGCCUGUGUCUAUGGCUGGGGAAGGUGAGUGGUAUAAUAGUCAGUAGCUGCAGUAGAGAGUCCCAAUGCUUGCAGCUCAGUGUACUGGUGUCUGCAGACUAUGUGGUACAAGUGAAGAUGCUCUCCUACAGUAAUCCAUUCAACAGACGCUCUGAUGUUCAAUGUUGUGAUCCAGCCAACAAUGGUGGAGGAUGUACCGAAGGGGAGCGCUGUGACACCUUCUUCAUCUACUGCCUGAUGCCACGUUUCAGUACUGCUGUAAGGUGUCCCAGAAAUGAACCUGGAUUUACUGCAAUCAGUACCAGUAUCGUUGAUGGGGCAGACAUUGAUUUCUCACAACCUACUAUACUGGGACUCCCUAAUCCAUUCAAUCUGACUGGAAUAUCAACAGCCUGGGAGGGAGCUCAGCUUUACAUACUAGUGGGUGAUCUUGAUAGCUUUAAUCCAUUCAGUGCUGAUCUUAUUGUGAGGAUUCGAUUUGAUCUAAGUUUUUCAGCGGGAUUAACAACCACAUUAUCUGAGUUAAUAUCAAAUAUUGGGCUCUCUCUCACUGUCAAUGUUACUGUGUUCUGUGCUCCAUUCUACUCCGGAAGCAGUUGUGAGAUACUCGAUCAUUGUGAGGUCAAUCCUGUCACAUGCAGUGAAAGAGGAAGGUGUGUGAAUGGAUUUAAUGGUCCCACCUGCAACUGUAUCCCUCCCUAUAUCGGUGCAAACUGUGAGAGUCAAAACUUUUGCAUCAACAGAAAUUGCAAUGAGAGAGGAACAUGUAAUAACGGCCUUGAUUCCUACAUUUGUGCAUGUAAUGCUGGCUAUACUGGUGCUGAUUGUGAGGUGGACAUUGAUGAUUGUGAGGGGCAGAGUUGCAGUGGAAAUGGUCGCUGUGUGGAUGGUGUCAACUCUUACUCCUGUGUUUGUGAACCUGGCUAUACUGGUGCUGAUUGUGAGGUGGAUAUUGAUGAUUGUGAGGGGCAGAGCUGCAGUGGAAAUGGUCGCUGUGUGGAUGGUGUCAACUCUUACUCCUGUGUUUGUGAACCUGGCUAUACUGGUGCUGAUUGUGAGGUGGAUAUUGAUGAUUGUGAGGGGCAGAGCUGCAGUGGAAAUGGUCGCUGUGUGGAUGAAGUCAACUCUUACACAUGUGUUUGCAAUGCUGGCUAUACUGGUGCUGAUUGUGAGGUGGACAUUGAUGAGUGCUUGCUAUUGGAGAGUGUACUAUUAGAGAGUGUGUGCAGUGGCCAUGGUAACUGCUCUCAUGGAAUAGCCAUCUUCACCUGCUCAUGUGAUCCUGGCUACACUGGACAGAGAUGUGAGACUGACAUUGAUGAUUGUGUGAACGUAAACUGCAGUGGACGAGGCAACUGUACUGACAGAGUUAACGGCUUUGAUUGUGAUUGUUUCCCUGGUUACACUGAUGUAAUUUGCGAGACUGACAUUGAUGAAUGUGAUGGAAUAAACUGCAGUGGAAAUGGUGGUUGUGUUGACAUGGUGAACAUGUUCCUAUGUGACUGUGAUCCUGGCUAUACUGGUGCUGAUUGUGAGACCAACAUUGAUGAUUGUGUGAAUAGGAACUGCAGUGGAAAUGGUGUGUGUGUGGAUGGUGUCAACUCGUUCAGUUGUGAAUGUGUGUCUGGCUUCACUGGAGAGAUGUGCAACACUAGUACUGCAGAGCUGGGUGGUGGUCCAGUGGGUCUCACUAGUAGCCUGAUAGGAGGAGUGGUGGGAGGUCUCCUAGUGCUGAUGCUGAUACUCCUGCUCCUGAUAGUGGUCGUGGUGGUGUGUGUGCGGAGGAGAGCUCAGGGGAAGACCAUUCAAGACACUCAGUUUCAAGGAGACACCAUUUCCUACAUACCUGGAGACAACCCAGUGUAUGGGAUUCCUGAGAACAGAACAAAUACCAUCACUUCAGAAACAGCAGAGUUUGACAACCCGAUAUAUGGCAGCCAGGAAUCACUCAACGAUGCAGAACUAGUCAAUCCAAUUUAUGGAGAUGCAGAUUUCGAGGACAUACCUUAUGAACUGGCCCCUGCAGUAUCAAACUAUGAGACACCUGUAGUACCUGUGUAUGACUAUGUACAGAAUAGCUAGAGGGCAGAACAAAUUCAAUGAUGUAUAUACUCCAUUAGUUGAGAAAUCAACAAACCCCUCCCCUCUUUUUAGCUGAUAAUCUAGCCUCGGUCCUAGUUGGGCGCAAAACAC